GGAGGAAGGUGAAGGGGCCAUAGUGUUUCCUCUAAUUCCUUAAUUUAGGGAAAUCCGGGAAAUCAGAAAGCAGGAGAGUUAAGGCGCACAGACAGGCACCCGUGUGUCCCCAGUGCCAGGCUGGAGAGUGCAGUGGUUAGAGCACUUUGCCAUGGAUGACCCCGAGGAGACCUUUGGGGGAGAUGGGGAUGCCAACCCGGCGCCCUACGAGGAGCUUGUGUCCGUGAUGGCCGGGGGCUUGUACGGUGAACUGGAGCGGCUGGUGGGCGCCCACGGCCCUACCGCGGUCUCUGGGCUGCUGCCGCAGGUGGUUUCCGUCCUGGAGGCCCUGCAGGAGGCUUUCGGGCAAGUGCGGGACCGGGACCAGGCUCUGGAGCGGCUGCGGGAUGACCGGCUGCGACUCCUGGAGCAAUACGAGCGCGAACGGGCAGGGCGCAAGCGGGCGGACGAGCGGUUCAUGGAACUGGAGGAUGUGAUGGAUCAGGAACGUAAGGCCCAUUCAACAGCUGUGAGUCAGUUAGAAGGCCAGAGCCGAAUCCUGGAGAGCAAAGCACGAAGCUAUGCAGAUCAGGUGGCUGGUCUGGAGGAACAAAAAUCUUCACUACUCAAGGAGAUUUCGAUUCUCAAUCAGAGCUACACAAAGAUGGUACAAAACUGCAAGGAACUGAGAUCACAAAAAGUGGCAUCAGCUGGUCCAGGACACACUAGCUCUUCAUCCAUAGAAGAGAAAAGGCCGAAGCCCCCACCAGUUCGGGUUCGUAUGCCUCUACAGUUUCAGUCAAGCCCCUCAGACUUGAAGCCUCCCAAGUCCUCAGUGGAAUAUGGAGAAAUGAAUGAACUUUCUCAUCCAGAGAAAAUGCCCCAGAAAGUUGCAGAAAGAAAUGCAUUUCCCUUGGCACAGGAAAUGGACGUUCAGCCAGAAAAGGAGGCUUCUCCUAGUCAGGAUGGCUUUGAUUUGGACGAACUUUUAAGCUCUACUCCAGAACUCAAAUCUGACCCCCAAAUACAAAACAGCCCUUUGAAUACCACCCUCGAGCGCAACAUGGUCUCCCUUUUCGCUGAAGUUUCAGGCCUCAGCCCAGACCUCCUCACUGACAUGGAUGAUGGUGCUGAUUUGCAGGGAGAUGCCUUAGAAACCUUGCUAGCAGAAAACGCUCAGCUUCAAGAAGCACGAACUGCUCUGGAUACAGCCCGCCGCCAUCUUAUUAACCGUGUGGAGGAGCUCAGCGAAGAGCGUGAAUCUUUACGGAUGGAGAAUGGGAGAUCAUUGACUGACCUGCGUAGUUGCCAAAUGAAGCUGAAAGAAGCUGAGUUGGAACUUCUUCGGAUCCGGCAGGAAUUUAAAGAAUCAAGGCGUUCCAGUGAGGAGGGAGAGGCUGAGGGGGCGUUGUCCCAGACUCAGAGGUUCACCCGUGCGGAGAUGGCCCGUGUCGUGAUGGAGCGUAAUUUGUAUAAAGAGAGGCUGAUGGAACUACAGGAAGCUGUUCGACGUGCUGAGCUUCUGAGGGCUUCUCGGGAGGAACAAGCGAUUCAAAUGAAGAAAUCAUCAUUUUGGAAAAUUUUUGAUCGUCUGUUCAGCCCAUCAGAUGCUCUUGAGAGCGCUGUGGCCUCUCCUCUACCACCGGGGAGGUCCCGGCCUAGCCGCCACAGCCAAAGAGAUUCAGGACGGAACACACUGAGAUUCAUCCCACGAGCAAUCUCACCCUCUGAGGCUGAUGGCUCCCCACAGCAGAAGCGGCGAGAACUGUAUGGUGAGAUCCGCUCACACAUCUGGCAGGAACAUGGUCGGGCACAGAUCCAUGGAUGGAGCCAGCCACGUUCAUUUCAGGGCCUGGACCCACCUGCCGGAAUUACUCAGGUACCUGUACUUGUGCAGCUGAGAAUGCUGGAGCAGAAGGACCCCAGUACCAAGCUCUGGUGUGCUGCAGCAUCUGUUGGGCCGGAGCCUCGAGAAACACCACAGAUUGAUACCCCCCAUGGCAGCUCUUCCGGCAGCUCUCAGCUGUGGGUGGCUGCUGGGACCCACUCCGCCAGCGAAGUGACCCUCUUCAAUGCUCCCAAUACUAACCAGCUCCUGGAACACUUUGUGCUGCCUGGAAUUCACAUCCUCUCCAUGGCUUGUGUUCCUGGCCUGGCAGCACUUGUUGGUGAAAAGCCAUUGGUAGGGCCAGAGAUCCUUGAAGACCCUUUGGCACCCCGAUCUGACAGUGAUGAAGAAGCAAGGGAAAUGGAGGCAGUUGGCAGAGAACCUACUGUCUGGAUUGGGACCCAGGAAGGCUGUAUCUACAUUCAUUCUGCUGUGACCGACUGGCGACGUUGCCAAGGCAAAGCACGUUUGAAGGAAGCCGUCCAUUGUAUUGUGCAUACCCAAUGCCGCGUUGUAGCUGCCCUUGCUGAUGGCUCUCUGGCUAUAUUCCAUCGGAACGCAGAUCGCAACUGGGAUCUGCACUCCCCACGCCUGGUUGAAUUGGGAAGGCCACGGCGCUCCAUUCGUUGCAUCAUCCCUGUGUUUAAUUGGCUCUGGUGUGGUUAUGGAAAUCGAAUCUACCUGUUGGAUCCUCGAACCGCUCGCAUUCAGCGAUACUUUGAAGUGACUUCACACCCUGAAAGCCAUGUCCGGCACAUGGCAGCAGCUAGUGGUGGCAUCUGGGUUUCAGUCCGUCUGGAGACCACUCUGCGCCUUCUCCACGCAGAGACAGGGCAGCCACUGCAGGAAGUGGAACUGGAGCCCUUCAUCAGCCACACAUUUGGGCCCAGCAGUGUUAGUUUAGCCUUGAACAUCUCAGCUCUUGGUGCUUUCGGAAAGCGGUUGUGGGUUGGCACAUCCGGUGGCACCAUUAUAUCUAUGCCUUUUGUCUCCGAAUUUUCCGAAAGCUUGAAGACUUCUCCCUCUUCUGCUAUCCCUUAUUGUGCUAUGGAGCAAGCCCAGAUCAGCUACCAUGGGCACCGUGAUGCUGUCCGUUUCUUUGUCUCUGUCCCAGGAUACGUGGAUCCCUCUGCCGCAGAAAACCUCAAGGAGUCACACAGUCAAGAGAAACUAAGCAAACCUUGCAGCUUGGUGCUAAGUGGAGGGGAAGGGUAUAUUAAUCUCCGGAUAGGAGACAACUCUGAUAAGCACUACGGUGACCUGCUACACCCGAACCCGCGCCUCCGUCGAGCGGAGCGAAGCCACCUCAUUGUCUGGCAGGUGCAGGACUGAGGUCAUGAUCGUGGACACUUGGGAGAUGUGCUUCUGCCUGGGAGGGAAUGACACAGUCGCCAGAUGUUGGCACUGCCUCCCUGUCACUGUUUCCUGCUCUCUUCCCUGACUCAGGUCACCUGUCUCUGGGGUUUGCAGAGUUGAGAUAAAACUUUUUUACCUUUUGAGACUGGUGGUGGGAAAAAGCCUCUGGAGCUCUGGAAUCUGUUUGGUGAACAGGCUUGGUGAGAAGAACAGUUGGUAUCUCCUCCAAUCCUCCCUUUACUUUAUAUCAUCCAUUUCCAUUCUUUCACACUGGAGUUGGGCCAUUUAUAUAUAGACUGAACUCCUUCAAAUCCUGACUUUAUUGCUCAAGCUGCUCUCAGUUUACAAAGAAUAACAAUGUACCUCUUGCUGGCCAGAUGCUUGGAAGUUGAUAGCCAUGAAUUGUUUAGUACCAAUGGGGAUUGAAGGCAGAGCUUCAAAAUAAUUGGAGCUGAAACUGCCAACAACUGGGAAAUAAUCUGGAAGAGAAGCAGCAUCCACAUUGGUUGAAGUGAAGGCCUUCUCAUUCCGGAUUCCUACUUGACUAUGAUUGAAACUGAUGCUUUUCUAUUUCUAGUAAGUGUGGACAUUCGGGAAUAGAACUGGUGAAGCCUGUUGAAGUAAGCUGCUGCAUUACUUAAAGAGACCUCAAGGGGGAGCUUCCUUGUCCUUGCUCUGGAAUUGCAACAGGGAUUACACCAGUCCUUCUCCAUCCCCUUCACCCCUUGGAGUUAACCAAAUCCUGCCUGGAACUCUUUAAAGAUGCAUUUGCUUCAAGACCCCUCUCCCCACCCCACUUCACCCCGUUUAAUUUCUCAGGGUUUCUCUAUGAUGUUUAUUAACUCUCCAGGGACUGAGUUUUUAGAAGGAACUCAGCAUCUCUCUUUGUGGGAUGGUUUCAUAUUAAAGCUAUUGUUAUUCUUAUUCCUGCUAUGGCUGGUACUGCUGUACAACUACUACUUUUCUGAUCCUCGUGCUUGUUCAGGAAUUGCAUUUGGAGGCUUUAUCCAAGGCAGAAGAUAAAAUUUCUCACAAAAGACAGCUGGAGAUUUCUUUGUCUAAAGCAGGGGUAGUCAACCUUGGCUCUUUUAUGACUCGUGGACUUCAACUCCCAGAAUUCCUGAGCCAGCUAAGCUGGCUCAGGACUUCUGGGAACUGAAGUCCACGAGUCAUAAAAGAGCCAAGGUUGACUACCCCUGGUCUAAAGUAUUCCUGGUAGACAGAACCAUACCUCAUUGCUAAUUUGAUUUAUUCUAAUGUAAUGCUGCAGUAACUUGCUAUUUAUCCAUGGAAAAAUAAGCUAUGAGAAAUCCC